AUUGUGGAAGAAUAAGCAACGCAAUGAAUUUUCUACGAAGAAAGUAGGACGUGUGAAGAGAACGCUCAGCUCAGCAAGUGCCCACGAUGAAAAAAGCAAAAGAGGCUGCAUUGAUGAAGUUGCAAGCUGAGUGGCAGGCGUUGAGUGAAAAAGCGAUAGGUGUAAAGCAGUUAUCGAAAAAAAUAAAUAACAUGAAAACAAAAAUCAAAAAGAAAACAGAUAUAAAUAAAACUGGCAACAAACAAAUAAAGUUGAAGUCAUGGGAACAGGCAUUUUGGAGGUUAAUGGAUGGCGACAGAAACCCGAACUUGAGCAAAAUACCAAGUGCUGUGCAAGUUGGCGUGCCACCACCAACGCAGACUGCUGUUUCGGUAGAAGGUAUCUCCUCGGAAUCUCACUCAUCUGUUAUGGUUGUAGAGACCGCAACCAGCUCGCUGUCAAAGAAAAAGAAAAAAGCUUGUCUUCCAGAGACAUCGGAAAUACAAAACCCAUCAACGGCUGAAUUACAGAGAUUAGUUUUGUUAGAACAAUUGGAAGUCUUAAGGUUAAAGAAAAGAAAAUUGAUGAGAGGGUUAGAAGAGAAUGAGCAUGAGGAGGAGUUAGUUACAGAACAUGAUAACGUGUAUACAUAGUUAUAAACUACCUUACCGUACUUUCAGAGUGCGAUAUUUAUGAUAAAAUAUUCGUUCUUCAUUGGUAAAUGUACACAAAAUUUGUAUUCCUUCUCUCAGAU